AUGCGACCUACCAGCGUCUGGCGAAGGGCGGUGGUGGGCAACGGAGCACGACCUCAAGCCGGCACGAAGCUUCCUCUAGCGACGUACAUUCUUCAUCGUUUGCGACAACAUGGCUGUGAAGCCAUCCAUGGCGUACCCGGCGACUUCACUCUCCCCUUCCUAUCAUAUGUGGAGCGGGCAAAUAUGAAGUGGAUUGGCAGCUGCAAUGAGCUGAACGCUGCCUAUGCCGCCGACGGAUACGCUCGUGUUACAGGCCUGGGCGCUGUUUGCACCACUUUCGGAGUGGGAGAGUUAAGCGCCAUCAACGGGAUUGCUGGCAGCUACGCCGAACGUGUCCCGGUGGUUCAUAUUGUCGGCUCUCCUAGUACCAAUACACGCAAACUCUAUCCCAGAGGUGGGAAGGGAACGUUUCAAGGCCUUGUUCACCACGCUUUGGGUAGAGGUCAGGAUUUGGAUUUGUACAGCAACCUGUACAAAUCUGUCACUGCUGACGUACUGCGUCUGUCUGAGCCGGGCUGUCAUACCCGACGCAUUGACGACACCCUACGUACGUGCUUGACUACUAAGACGCCCGUCUAUAUGGAAUUGCCGAGCGACAUGGCCUCAAUGGACGUGGAUGCCAGUGACCUUUCGGAGCCAUAUGAGCUCAAUCGAGACAGUACGACUUCAGAUCGCGACUCGUCAAUUAAAGACUCAAUCCUCAGAGACCUGAAGGGGGCGAAACGCCCGUUGAUUAUGAUUGACGGACUAGCUGCUAGGUUUGGCACGACUCAGUCUCUGAAUGAGUUGGUUGAGCGGACCGACAUACCGACCGUCGUAACGACCCACGGGCUUGGGAUUGUAGACAGUCACCACCCCAGCUACUACGGUAUUUACACUGGCAAGCUCGGGAAUCAACAGAUCCACGACUAUGUUCAGCAGAGCGAUUGUGUCCUCCUUUUCGGUGAGCUCUUCAGUGACACGGCAACCGUGGGCUGGACUGCAGUGCCUCCAGAAGCUAGUACAGCGAGUUUCUCAGGGAGUGUGGCAACCUACAAAGGCCGCACUGAACAUUGUGACAUCAACAAGAUGCUGGAAAUCCUCCUUGAGCAAUACAGCCCGCAGCGUGCUCCUCUAGACGCAACGGGCCUGUCAUACGCCGAGCUUCUCCCGCGGAAGGAGGCUCUCGUCAUCCGCCCUCCAGAUACGAAGCCCGAUGAUCCAGUUACUCAAGAUUACCUGUGGCCGCGCCUUUCUUCAUUCUUCCGCUCCAAAGACAACAUUCUGCUUGCGAACGGAACUCCACUCAUUGGGGGCGCCAUGUUUUCCCUUCCUCGUCAAGUUCGUGUCAUUGCCUCCGGCCUCUGGUUCUCCAUCGGGCAGAUGCUGCCCGCCGCGCAGGGUGUGGCGCUGGCCCAACGGUCGCUGCCUGAGGAUCAGCGCGGAAGGACUAUUCUGCUGGAAGGGGACGGCAGCUUUCAGACAACGGCGCAGGAGCUUAGUACCAUCAUUAAGCUGAAGCUUGAUAUGACGAUUCUGAUGGCUAAUAACAGGGGCUAUGCAUACGAGAGACUGAUCCAGGGCCCUGAUGCGGACUACAAUGGCGUAGCGGACUGGGAUUAUACGCUAGCUCCGGCGAUGCUGGGUGGCAAUGCCCCUGGAGCACAGGAGGGGUAUCCUAUCGUUAGCGAAAGGGUGGAGACCGUUGGGCAGCUGGAGGAGUUGCUGGGCAGUGAGAGAAUACAAGAAACAAGAGGACUGAAGUUUGUGGAAGUGAUGAUGGGCGAGAAAGACGUGCCGAAGUACUUUUUGCCAGCGUUGGAGGGUGCAGGCAAGAAGCUGGGAGGGUGUGCGAUGGAUCGAGGGGCGGAGACGAUGACUGAGCUUGGGAGUGGUCAGUGA